GCGAGAAAUAGUUAUGUAAUUUUUUUUUUUAGAGUGAGACCCUCUAUUCAAAAAAAAAAAAAAAACAGUUAUAUAAAAAAUAUUUUUAUGCUUUGUUGAAUCUUGACAUAGUGCUCAUCUUUGAUCUGUUUGUUUCUCAAGUCUUGAGUAGGGUUGAAUGGAUCAUCAUCGUCAAUGGCGUCCCAAUUUCAAUCCCAUCAGACCAAUCCAAUACCAAAACAACAACAACAAUCUCUGCCCUAUUUGCUUCAUCCAACAUUUCCCUUUUUGCCCUCCACCACCACCUAACCCUAACAUCGCUUACGAUUCCGAUUUCGAUAGAACUUUCAAGAAACCAAGAAUCCAAGACGAUGAACGAAGAUUGAAGCUUAUUCGUGAUCACGGUCUUAAUCCUAAUCCACCUCAAUUUCAACAUCCUCAUCACGCUUACGUCACACCCUCACUCUCAUCACAACCACCACCACCUCCACCGCCGCCACAUCAUCAAUUUCCACCACCACCACCACCACCAAUUUAUCAUCCUCAACAACACCACAGUGAAAUCAAUGCAACUUACCACGAUCACAAUUUUCAAUUUCAACCAUAUCCAAAUCAUAAUCAUACUAAUAAUCAGAAUUUGAAUUCUAGAGAAUUGAACCAUCCUUAUCCAUAUCCAAAUCCUUACCCUAAUGGUGGUAACAAUAGUUUUUCGGAUAAUUCCGGUCAAUUGGAAGGUUCUAGAUUCUUCACGAACAUGCCUCCUCUUCCUAAUUCUCCUCCACCACCUCUACCAAUGGAUCCACCAGUUAAUCACUUCAAAACCUACUUUUCUCCACCUAAGAAACCACCAUCUCUAUUUCCUGUUACUUCUUCUGUUUCUCAUGAACCUCACCACUCACACCAACUUUAUUUUCACAACAAUAAACCUCACCUUCCUGAAUUUCCCAGUGGGUUUCCUAUGGAGGAACCUUUGAAACAGUACGCCGGAGAUGGUCAACAUUUUUCACAAAAUCGAAUUUGUGAUGAGAAGCCGAAGUUUAUUGAUGCUUCCCAAUUAUUCCGGAAUCCACUUCGAACUUCACGUCCUGAUCAUUUUGUGAUCAUACUUCGUGGUUUUCCAGGUAGUGGUAAGAGUUACUUGGCAAAGAUGUUGCGUGAUCUAGAGGUCGAAAAUGGUGGUGAUGCUCCACGAAUUCAUUCUAUGGAUGAUUAUUUUAUGACUGAGGUUGAAAAGGUUGAGGAUGAUGGAUCCAAAUCUUCAAGUUCAGGAAGAAACAAGAGGCCUGUAAUUAGAAAGGUCAUGGAGUAUUGUUAUGAACCUGAAAUGGAGGAGGCUUAUCGGUCAAGCAUGUUGAAAGCAUUCAAGAAAACUGUUGAAGAGGGAGUUUUUACCUUUAUUAUAGUGGAUGACCGCAAUCUGCGGGUAGCUGAUUUUGCUCAAUUUUGGGCAACUGCAAAGAGAUCGGGUUACGAAGUUUACAUUUUAGAAGCUACUUACAAGGACCCAGCGGGUUGUGCUGCAAGGAAUGUCCAUGGUUUUACACUGCAGGACAUAGAAAAGAUGGCUGAGCAAUGGGAAGAAGCUCCAUCCUUGUAUCUGCAGCUUGAUGCGAAGUCACUAUUUCAUGGAGAUGAUCUAAAAGAAAACAGAAUACAGGAGGUUGACAUGGAUAUGGACGAUGAUCUUGAUGAUGCUUUAGUUGCAGCUCAAGGAAGAGAAGCUGACAAAGCUGUUGACGACCCUCCUGUCAAGGACGAUGAUGGCUCCAUAAAGGAUGUGAAGAGAUGGGAUGCCGAAGAGGAACAUCCAACGAAAGUCAGAGAACUGGGUAAAAGCAAAUGGUCUGAAGAUUUUGGUGAAGAUGACAUCGACCAAACGGAAGGUAUGAAGGGCAAUAUUAAUGCUCUGUCUGGGUUAAUUCAUCAAUAUGGCAAGGAACGAAAAUCUGUACAUUGGGGUGAUAAGGUUGGCAAAACAGGAUUUUCUAUAGGCACUGCAAGGAAGGUAAAUGCUUUGUCUUUGGUGAUUGGACCUGGUGCUGGAUACAACCUGAAGUCGAAUCCAUUACCUGAAGUGGAAAGUCCAACCCGAAAUAGUGCAGAACCAAAGAAGCACAGCAAAUUUCAAGAGCGAAUACAGGCUGAACGUGAAUCAUUCAAAGCUGUCUUUGAUGGGAGACGUCGACGGAUUGGACUUAAUGUAGAGGAGGACUGAAGUGGAAAGUCCAACCCGAAAUAGUGCAGAACCAAAGAAGCACCGCAAAUUUCAAGAGCAAAUAUGGGCUGAACGUGAAUCAUUCAAAGCUGUCUUUGAUGGGGAGACGUCCAUGGAUUGGACUUAAUGUAGAGGAUGACUGAGUCAGAAAUUAUGUUUACUGUAAUUUAUACAGAUAGGAUGAAUUUAUACCUUGUAUCAUGACCAUAAAAGGAAGUUGAAUUUUUUGGUUGGCCGGAAUUGAAAAACUAGCUGUUCUCAGCCGAGUUUUGUGAAAUUAUGUAAAAUUUGAUCAAAAGUUUAAUAUCAAAUAUAUACAUUCCUGAUUUGGUAAGGUCA